GCCGUGAUGUCGCCACACCCGGCGUGGAAACCCUUGCUUGCACACUGUCCACCUUGAGGAACCAGUCUGCCAGGCUGCUAAUAUGAGACUGAACCUGGAACAAAAAAGAAAUUGCAAACGAGCACAAGCGGAAGGCCAGCCGAGCGGUGCAGGACCGCUUUGUGGGACAAUGUUCUAGGCGUUAAUUCCUUACGCGAUGGAUAGCAAGCAUGACUUGUAUGGAGAUGACGUCGCUGUGGGGCUCCUUCGCGCAGCCGAACAGCUUCAGAAGUUCGCCGCAGCGGUACUGGCGCUGGAGCUUGACUAUGUGAUUCCUGACCUUUACAGCUGCAGUGGAUGGACCGCCGGCUCACGAGCAGGCGCACAGCCGCUGGUGCUUCGCUUCCAGACGCCGCUUUUGCUGCCCGCGCUGGCGGCAACACCCUCACCACCACACGGCGCCGAGCACCUGCCCGCAUCCUUCCCGGUGCCCCCCGCCAGCGGCACGGACGGCCCCGUCUCGCUACAGCAGUACCUUGACGAAAUACCUGACGGCCUACUUUCCUCGGAUACUGUCGCCGCACCAGCGCCAGCGCCAGGCGCAGUAGCAGGAGCAGUGCCGCGUGUCAGCCCUGCCAAGCUCAGCGGCAACAGCAGCGCCUCCAGCGCCAUCGCGCCGACGACAGCGCUGCAGCUGCCGCAUCCCAACACCGCAAUCCUACUGGACGCGGCGUCUCCAGAGGGCCGCGCCUUACUCCGGUCUGCAGCUGCGGCUGACGGUGCAGCUGUAGCUGCUGCGCCAGCAGUGGCAGCAGCAGCAGCACCGGCGCCAGCGGCGCCCACCGCCGCAGGCUCCGGCUCCGGCUCCCCGCAGGCGCCCUCACAAGCACCGCUGCUACAACUUGGGAUGGGGCACGGGCUGGCCCCUGGAUUCGUGGAGCUGACGUGGCAGCCCGGCGCCAGCCUCGCCGACUGCCUGGCUCACCCCGCCGCCGCGGUGGCGUGCGGUCUGGUCUGGUGCGGCGGCGCGGCUGCCCGGGCCACCGCCACCGCUGGCGGUGGCGCCGCCGGCGCCGCGGGUGCCGUGUCCGGCGCAGGCGGCGGGGCCGCGGCGGGAGGUGUAGGGGGAGCGGCGGGGGCUGGGGGCGUGUGGAGUGCAUCGGGGCCGGGGCCGGGCGGCAGCGGUCCCGAAGGUGGCGACAGCCACCUGCGCUUCAUACUGCUGCAGCUGGUGGCGGCGGUGUGCAACGCGCACGCACGCGGCGCCGCGCUGGGGCCCGGCGGUGUCAGCGCCGGCUCCAUGCUGCUGCAGCCGUGCGGGUGGCUGCAGCUGCUACUGCCGCCGACGCCGCACCCCGCACCAGGACAGGCGGAGGCGGAGGCGUCGACGGCGCGCGGCCCUGCCCUCCCACCCACAACUCUCUCGCCAAUCCUGCCGCCCUCUCUCCCGUCUCCCUCAUCUUCUUCUUCGCUCCCGUCACCACAACCAGCGCCGCCGCCGCCGCUGCCGCGGCUGCCCGCCUGCCUGCGCCCUGGCCCGCCGCCGCUGGCGGCGCUGACGGCUGCGUGGCAAUGCCACGCGCUGUCCAACCUUGACUACCUGCUGCUGCUCAACCUGGCAGCAGGGCGGCGGCUGGCAGACCGCAGCUUCCACCCCUUUGUCCCUUGGGUAACCGACUUCUCAACCGACCCCCGCGUCAUGUUGGGGCUGCUACAGCCGCCGCCGCCCACUGGCGGAAGCGGCGCCGCUGGCAGUAGCCCCAACGGCGGCAGUGCUGGCCAUGGCGAUGAUGGCGGCGGCGGCAGUAGCUCCAGCGGCAGUGGCAGUAGCUGUGGCAGUGGCAGUAGCAGCAGCAGCGGCGGCGGCUGGCACAGCCUGUCCCAGUCGCGCUACCGGCAGGCCAAGGGCGACCUGCAGCUGGACGUGACGUACGCCGGCAGCGACCCGCCGCACCACAUACCGCAGGAGCCGCUGUCGGAGCACAGCUACUGCAUCUACCUGGCCCGGCGCCUGCCGCGGCCGCUGUUGCAGCGCGUGGUGCGGGCGGUGUGGGAGCCACGCGAGUACCCGGCCUGCCUGCCCGACAUGCUGGGCCGCAGCCCGGACGAGUGCCUGCCGCAGCUGUACACGGACCCGCGCGUUUUCAGGUCCACGCACCCCGACCUGUCGGACCUGCAGCUGCCGCCCUGGGCCCACAGCCCGGAGCACUUCGUGGCACUGCACAGGGCGCUGCUGGAGAGCGACCACGUGUCGUCGCAGCUGCACCACUGGAUAGACCUCAUGUUUGGGUACAAGCUGACAGGGGCCGCGGCCGUCGCCGCCAAGAACGUGCACCUGCCGCCGCCGCUGCCGCGCUCGCCGCUGGCGGCUGGGCUGUUUGGCCGGGACGCGGCGGCAGCGGCGUCGGCGGUAGCCGGCGGCGGCGGCGGCGUGCUUGGCGGCCUGGGGGCGGGGGGAAUGGGCCGCGGCGGCGCGCAGACGUGGGCGGCGGCGUUGGAGAAUGCGCCGGCGGCAGCCGCCGUGGCGGCGCCGGCGGCGGCAGUGUACGGUCUGACUGGCAUGCACGCUCCGCUGUUCACGUCACCGCACCCGCCGCGGCGGCCGCGCCCAGCUGGCGGCGCCGCUGGCGGCGGCUGGCCUGUAGCGGCGGUAGCGGCGGCGGCGGCGCCGGCUCGCAGCCACUCCGCGCCGCUUCCAAACGGCUGUGCUGCCGGCGGCGGCGGCACUGCCAGUGGUGGAGGAGCCUUUGCGAACGGGUAUGGAAACGGCCAUAAGCAUGAAGGCGGCGGCGGUGGCGGCGGAGGCGGGACGGAGGGCGUUUUGUCGGGCCUGGACAGUGUGGAACUGUUGGCCUCCCUCGCCAGCCGUGACGGCGGACUGGACACCCUGCUAGGGCACGACGGCGGCGGCGGCGGUGGCGGCGGCGGUGUUGGCGGCGGCGGUGGCGGCGGCGGUUGGGGGCCCUCGUCAGGCCAACGGCAACAGGGAGGGCAGACGCGUGGGCAGCGUGACCGGGGAGGGGACAAGGCCGCGGCGGCGGCGGCGGCGGCGGCAGCGUCGCAGCCGGCGCCGGACCUUGCGGCGAUGGCAGUAGCAGUGCUGGCACUGGAGCCUCCGCCACCGCACCUGCAGCCGGCGCCGCCGCAGCCGCCGUUGCUGUUGCCAUUGGCGGCGCCUUCCUCGAUGGCGGCGCAAGCCAGCUCUUGGGAUUGUAAUGACGAUGAGGAUGAUGUUGGUGUUGGUUAUGGAGGUGGAGCGGCAGCAGUUACCGGGCGCGACGGCAGGAGCCAGCAGCUGGUGUCGGCUGUAGCUGCCCAAUCCGACCUGCGGCUGCGGCGGGGGCUGGCCCCUGGCGCCGACUUGCAGGAGCGCAUGCGGGACGAUUGCGGGGCCAUCGGUGCGGUGGCGGUGCAGAUGUACCUGGGUCGGAGCUGCUGGGGGCCGCUGGGCGACCCGGGGGCCGCGGCGCGCGUGCCCGGCCGCGCCGCCGCGCACUGGCUGCGGCUGGCGGCGCGGCUGCCGGCAGCGGCGAGGCGCUUCGUGCGCCUGUGCUUCGAGGAGCGGGUCACCUCCGAGCGGCUGCUAGGAGACGUGUUCUUCGGACCCGAGCUGCACGCCGCACACACGCUGCUGCGAACCACCCUGUACGACGGCCGCGAUCGACACCGCCCCCACCCCCACCCGCCAUCGCGGCAGCCACAUCAGCAACAGCCACCACUACAGCAGCAGCUGCCCAACGGAGCACCGACGCAGCUCACACCGUGGCUGCCGCCGCCGCCGCGGCUGCUCCUUGCGGACCGGCUCGCGGCGCUGGCGGCGGUGGCAACAGCGUCGGCGCCGGCACCGGCGGCGGCGGCGGCGCCGCCUGGCGGCGCCGCCAGUCUGGAGUCCCUGGCGGCGGAUCAUCGACUGGCGCUGCAGCUGUGCCUGCCGCACGUGAUGCACGUGCUGUGGCAGGCGGCGGCGGCAUGCGGCGCCGCGGCCGGCGGCGGCUGUUGCAGCGGCAGCGGCGGUGGCUGCAGCAGCGGUGAUGGUGCCGAUGCGGCGGCGGCGUCAUUGUCGGCGGAUGAGGAAGACGUGGAGGUGAUGGCGGGCCAGGUGUGUGGGGUGCUGGGGGCGCUGGUGCGACUCCUGCCCUCGGACUUGGUGGCUAGCCAGGUGCUGCCGUACGUGGCGGCGUGCCUGGCGUGUUUCGCAGCCGACGACGGCGCCGCCGAGCAGCAGCAGCAGCGGGAAGAGGGGAAGCAGCUACGGCAGCCGCAGGAGUGGCAGCGGGAGCAGAUGGAGCCGGAGGGGCAAGCGGGACCGGGGGAGGCGGGUGCGAGUGGCUGGGGCAGCGGCGAGGUGUCUGCCAGUGAGGGCGAAGGCGCCGAGGCGCCGAAGCCGGCGAAUGCCAAGCACGCCGCGUAUGGCCGCUCCCACCACCCCCACCAUCCUCACGAUGGCGUCCGGCGCACGGGCCCCACGGACCGUGCCGCCCGCUCAGGCCGCGGCCGCCGCGGCCCCCUCCGCUGGCGCCUGGCGCUACCCCACCGGCUGCUGGCGGCGCCGCUGCAGUGCCAGCUUCUGGCAGCUUCCGACCUCGACCUGUACGUCCAGCAGCUGCUGCCGCUGCUGCUGGCGGCGGUGCUCUGCACCGAAGCCGCGCCGCCGCCGCCAGCGGUGGCUGCAGCGGCGGGCGCAGCCCGCCGCCGCUCCAGCGAAACCGGCGGCGGAGCCGCCGCCGCCGCCGCCGCUAGCGGCGGCGCGGAGGCAGUCGGCGGCGUGGCGCGCGCGCUGGCUGUGGCCAGCGUUAGCGACGCCGCCGCGGCGGCGCUGGUGGCGCUAGCGGGGCGGCUGCCGCUGCCGCUCCUGCUGGAGCGGGUGGUGGGGCCGCUGCUGGGCUCGCUGGGCGCCGGCACCGCCGUGCCGCGGCUGCUGGUGGCGCUGUGCGCGGAGCUGGGAGGCCAGCUGACGGCGAGGCACGUGGCGCCGGCGCUGCUGCAGCUCGCCAUCGUGCCGGCGCCGCAGUCAGCGGCUGCGGCCGCGGCACUGGGCGCGGCGAGCGGGCCCAGGAGCGGCGGGAAGGGUCUGAAGGCGGGCGGGCGGGGCACGCGGACACCCAGCGGCGGGUCAGGCGCAGGGGCGGCGGCGGCGGCGGCGGCAGCGACGGCGCCACUGGCGCUGCCGCCGCCGCCUGAGCCGUGGUUGCAGCAGCAGAUCUACACGGCCCUGUCGGUGCUAUCAGCGGUACUGGACCUGCUGCCGCGGGAGUUCAUUCCGCGCGCCUUCCUGCACGGCCUCCCGCCGCCGCCGCCGCUCAGCCCCACGCCUGCAGCGGCUGCCGCCGCCGCGGCAGCCGCGGCGCCCGGCACCGACGGCGCGACCAGCCCGCGCGGCGGCGCCGGCGGAGGCGCAGCCUCCGCCGCACCGGGCGGCGGAGCCGCCGCCGCCGCCGCCGCGGCCGGCGGCGGCGGCGCCGGCGGAGGCGGCGGCGUUCCGCCGCUGCUAUCCUGCCUGUUGGACCCCGGCAGCUACCGAGUGGCCCCUGGGUCGCUGACGAUGCUGGCGGGGCUGUGCCUGCGGGCCUUCGUGCGCCUGGCGCGCUCCGAGAACCUGGCCUGGGUGGUGCUGCCGCACCUGCUGCCGCUGCUGAGCAACGCGCCGCCGCGCCGCCGCGCCGCGUACCGCGACAACGGCACCACCGCAGCGAGCCUGCGCACCGCUGGCGGAGGAGGAGGUAUUGGAGGGGGAGGUACUGGAGGGGAAGGUACUGGAGGAGGAGGUACUGGAGGAGGAGGUGUGGAUGGCGGUGUGGACGCGGGGCGCGCGCAAGAUCAAGGCCCGCCGGCGCAGCUGAGCAGCAGCCUCGGCAGCAGCAGCGGUGGUGGUGGUGGCAGGAACGGAGGCGGCUUGUUGUCGGCUGCACAGGGCGGCGGCGGUGUGCAUCGGAGCCAGUCGGUGCCGGGUCGACCUGGCGAAGCGAGCGGCAUGGCGGCGGCAGCGGCGGCCGAGGACGCCGCGGCGGCAGGUGGCAGCGGCACUGCCAGUACAGGAGCAGCUGCGGCGGGUGGCGACGGCGGUGACGAGGAGCAGGGCUAUUGGGAGCUGGUGCACUGCGUGUACGGGCACCUUGUGGACAGCUCGGGGCUGCUCACGGUGCGCAACCUGCUGCCCGGAUGGCACCUGCUGGAGGCCGGCCUCACGGCGCGGCUGGGCUGGUCGCCCGCCGCAGCCGGCAUCUGGGGCCUAGGAGGAGGCGGCGCCGCCUCGGGCGCAGGGGGCGGCGCCGCUAGCACAGCGGGACGCGCCGGUGCUGCGGCCGGGGCUGGGGCUGGGGCUGGAAUGGCGCGGCGCGAGAGUGGCAGCGUGGAUAGCGCGCUGGGAGGUGGCGCGGCGGUGCCGGGUGCGGGUGGUGGCGGUGGUGUGGCGGGCGGGUUGGUGGGCAGCGCUGGCAGCGUGAGCGGCGCUGUUUCGGGCCGCUCGCGCGCGUCGCUUGAGCUGCAGGUGCGGCAGGAGAUUGCCAGCAAGCAGCAGCGGGUGGUGGCGCUGAACACCACGCACCUGUUCAUGAAGGGCGUGGGCUGGUCAGAGCCGCAGCCGCACGGCGCCGGCGGCGGUGCCGGUGGUGGUGCCGGCGGCAGUGCUGCAGGCGUGGGUGGAAGUGGUGGCGGCGCAGGCGGUGGCGUAGGUCUGGGAGGCGUCCUUCAGAGCCGCCUCUCGCCAAGGUCCAUGCCGCACAGCCAGGGCGCAGCCGGCGCGGCCAGCGACGGUGGCGGUGGCGGCGUGGGGGAUUCAGCUUCACCUUGGGCAUUGGGCGCUGACGGCGGCUCCGCCGCUGACGGCAUCGCCGACGGCACCGCCAGCUUCCUAUGGCCGCAGCUUCUGACCAUUGGUUCACCAACGCUGAUUGACGGCCUCUCAGUUCGCGGCUUUGGCGAAGGCGGCGGCGACCGCGGCAGUCUCUCACGCCAGGCCAGCGUUGGCGGCGUGCUGCAGUCGUUCCCGUCCCUCGGCGGCCGCGGCCGCAGCAUCGGCUCAAUCGAGGGCAACGGUGCUGGCGCGGUUGCGGGUGCUGCGGGUGCUGGCGGGGGCACCGCUACAGGGUACAUCGCGCACGCGGUGGGCAGUGUCGCCGCCACCGCGGCCACGGCCGCUGGCCCAAGCUCAGCGCCGGUACCGGCAACGGGUACGGCUGGCAGCGCUUUCUUAGACAGCGGCGCCGCAGCGGCACUGGCGGCGGGGCUGGCAGAGGCGGGUGGCGAUGCAGCCUCCGCCUCAGCUGCAGCGGCAGCCGCAGCCGCAACCGCUGUCGAGGCUCCAGAGGUGUCGUCGCAAUCAUCGACAGCGCUGGUGGCGCGGCGCCCGUCACCGGCCCACCCAGCGAUGGUGCCGGCCCGCUCGGACCCGUCGCCCUCGCCCGCGUCGAGGCAGCCGCCGGCAGCGCCGCACGGCGGACUCACGCCCUUCCCCACCUCCGCUUCGCCGUCCGGUGCCGCCGCCACAGCCGCUGCCGGCGGCGCGGCGGCUGCCGACAGCGCCAAUGCGUCCACAUCCACUGGCCCUUCAUCCAUCGGCUCCGCCGGCGCAGCGGCGGUGGCGGCGGCUCCCAGGGCGCGCAGCGGCAUCGCGGCGCCGCCGUCGCUGCCGCCGCUGAUCAUCCCUCCGCCGGUGUUGGCGGACAGCGCGGCUCACGACACCGGCAGUCAGCGCUGGAGCUGGCUGCCGCCGGUGCUGCCGCCAGCGGACACGCUGUGCCCCGCGCCGCCGCCACCGGCUGCGCAGGCCACGUCGCGUGCCGGCGCCGCCGCCGCGCUCGCGCCCGAGACGGCCGGCCCCCGCUCUUACGCGCGUUGGCGCGGCCUGCCGCCGCCCGCCGCCGCGCGCGCGGCGCUGCUGUCGGCGGCUGCGCCGCCGCCGACCAGCGACGUGUGGCGGCUGCAGGCGGCGGUGGUGCACGCCUGGCCUGCUCACAAGGACCGGGUGCGGGCGCUGGCGGUGCACCCGAGCGAGUGUGCCGUGCUGACGGCGGGCCGCGGCCCCGCCGCCGCCGCAGGCGGCGGCGCCGUCCCCGUCGUGCGCGUGUGGUCGCUCGCUGACUGCCAGGCUCGCGUCCAGUACUGCGGGCACAGGGCGCCGGUGCACGGCGUGGCAGUGCUGCGGGCCGCGGGGCGUGUUGCGUCCGGCGGCGCCGUGGGCGCGUCGCUGGACGCGGCGGGGCAACUGCAUGUGUGGGCCCUCGACAGCGGCCAGCAGCUCGUGACGUUCGGGCCGGUUGGAGGAGGAGGAGGCGGUGGCGGCGGCGGCGGCCCGGCGGCCGCGGCGGCCGGUGGUGCUGUCGGCACCGCGGUGGGCUCUGGUGGCGGCGGCGGUGGUGCUUCGGGUGCCGGCGGCGCGGGCGCGGGUGGCGCGGACGGCGUUGCGGCGGACGGGGCCGGCAGCGCCUGGGCCGACUUGAUUGAGCGGUCUGCCCGCUACACCGCUCACAACCAGGCCCCCGAGCCACACGGCUGGCCAGGCAUGGGCGGCCUUAAGACCGCCCGGCAGCUUGCCGCCGCCGCCACCGCCGCUGCCACUGCUGGCGCUGCCGCCGCCACCGCCUCUGGAGCUGGCGGCGCAGCCGCCACCGCCGCCGCGCCCGGCGGCUCCAUGACUGCUGCCGCAGGCGCAGGCGUUGGUCCGGGCGGUGGUGGCGGCGCGGCUGGCGGCGGCCCCGGUGGCGGCGGCGGCGGCGGCGGCGGCGGCGGCUUGCGCCAGGGCUUCACGGUCAUGUGCGAGGCGGCGGAGCAGUGCGGGACGCUGUACGCCGGCACGGCCGACGCGCGCGUGUGCGUGCUGGACGUGGAGCGUCGGCGUGUCGUGUCGGAGUGGCUGGCGGCGCCGGUCGUACGGCAGUACGACCCGGACGACGCCAUCACGGCGCUGUGCGCGCCCGGCGGCGAUGCGGGCGGCGGCGCCGCCGGCGGCGGCGGCGGUGCCGGCCUGGCGGCGCCGUGGCUGUCGCCAGAGGUGUUGGCGGCGGGCUCACGUGGCGGGCGGGUGAUGGUGCUGGACCGCCGCUGCGGCACCGCCGCCAUGGCGUUCCGCGCACAUGGCGGCGGCGGCAGUGGCGUGGGCGUGGGCGUGGCCGUUGGUGGCGUCGGCGUCGGUGGCGGCGGUGGCGGCGGAGGCAGCGGGGACGUUGCGUCCAUGGCGAUGUUUGGCAGCCAUGUGCUGGUCACAGCCGGCGGGGCCGACCGCACGCUGCGGCUUUGGGACCUCCGCCGCACUGGCGCGGGCGGCAGCAGCAGUAGCGGCAGUAGCACCAGCGCCGGACACGGGCAUGGCGGCGGCGGCGGCGGCAGCGGCGGCGCCUCGCUGGGCCUGGUGGGGUCGGGCUACGAGGAGCGCUUAGGGCCGUGGGCGGGCUGGGAGGGCCCGCGCUGCGGCGGCGGCGCUGAGUUGCUCAGUGGCGUCGCGGACGCUCUGUCCCCCGCCGGCAUUGGUGCCGUCUUACUCGCCGCCGCCAGCGCCGCCGAUAUUGGCCCGGAGUUGCUGGUCCUGCCGCCGCCGCCGCCGCCAGCGCUGGCGGCGCCGCUGGGUGGCGCCAGCGCCUUCGCCGCCGCCGGCGGCGGCGUGGCGGCGCCGGCGCUGCUCCGCAGCUUCCCUCUGCCGCGUGAAGGCGCAUCGGGGCUGCGUGUCUUGCGAGAUUGCCUACUCAUGACGUCGGGCGCGAGCGUCGGCGUUAUGUCGUUAGCGGCGGCGGUGGGCGCGGAGGCCGGCGGCGCCGCCGGCAGUGUUGUGGCGGGCGCAGGUGCAGGCGCGGGCACGGGCGCUGGCGCGGGCCCUGGGUUUGCCCGUCUGCGCAACGGGCGCGGCGGACGCGAGUCCGCUGGUAUCACAGGCCUGGGCGUUCUGCCUUGCUGCCGGCUGUUGGUGGUGGCUGGGGAUGACGGGGCGGUGCGCAUUUGCCGGUGAGGUCUGGGGGACAGCUCGGCGGUGGUCCCUCGAGUCGGAGAGGUGGCAUCACGAUAGGUGCAUCACAGGUGGUGAGGCAACACGCCCGGGUCGGUAGCACGCAGCAUGCGCAUUUGCACAUGUGCAUUUGAGUGGCUGUCGGGAUCGGUCCGGCGCGGUGCACCGCUAAAUAACUUUAGGACGCGCUUGUUUGGCAAGAGAUGUACGGGCGCGAGAGGAUUGAGUGGAUUACGGAGGCAGCUGUAGUGGAAACGGUUACAAACAAUGAAACUAUGAAGUAGCUGUGCCUUGCUUAGGAAUUGGGUGGGCCAAACGUACGGCAGCCAAUAGACGCUAGUGCACUCCUUCAGUCGUGUCCUUGAGCUUGGCUUCCUACCCAAUAUGCCUUCAUUUCGCGGGGAGUUGCAAGUUGUGGUCAGUUGAGUGGUUAUUCUUUUUUGGGACAUUCUGCUAUUGGGGUGAUCCCUGUGAGCCCAAGGGCUGUUGCGCACACGGCAAGUGGCAACCCCGUGUCUUCUGCGAACACUGCCAUCCCCCCCCCUGGUGCCGUGUGUUGGAUGGGUUGGAUGUAGGUAGAGCGGAACUACGUUGAGGUUAUUUGUAAGGUCGUGUGCUGGAGCGCUCAAAGUUCAGUCGGGGAAUGCAUGGGUAUCCCGUGCAUCCUGUAUGGUGUUGCUGGCGGGGAAGGCUUAUUGUGGAUGUGUGGAGUGCAGGCUAAGAGGCAAGGCGGAGGUACGAGUGCCGAGAGCAGGGCACAAGCGUACGUGCUGCGUGGGCUGUGCAGCAUGGGAGGUGGGCUUGCACAGGGCUGUGCUUGUCGCUGCAGUCCUGUGACAGUGGCAGCAUGUAGUGGCGCGUGAUGCAUUGGGCACAAUGCACACAGGCAUGGCAGCGAAGCGCCUGGGCGCAGGCUGGGAUGUGCAACUGCCGUGGAUUGAGGGUGCUCGGUCCAGCCCUGCUGCUGGAAAGACUGGAAAAGUGGAAAGCUGCGGCGGCUGUAUGUCGGAUCCGGGUCAAGUUAUACCCACAGCUUUAAACA